CAGGGAUGGCUUUUAUCCCUCCCUCUCGUUUCUGCCGGCCAUUGGUACCGUCCGGAAUUCUUGCUUUGCCUUUUCGCCUACUGUCCCUGAAGCGCAGUGGUAGCGCCCACUAUCGCAUGGGAGCCGCCGCCUCUCUCGGAAGCAGCUGCCGCUGUCUCGUCAGUCCAGUCGCCUCUCUUGCCUCCUUCUGUCCCGCGUCCCCUGAUUCGGUGUAUGAGUGAUUUAUAACCGGUAACCCCGUCAUGUCCACGCCGGCCCGGAGGCGCCUCAUGCGGGACUUCAAAAGACUGCAGGAGGAUCCCCCGGCUGGAGUAAGCGGAGCCCCUUCCGAGAACAACAUCAUGGUUUGGAACGCGGUCAUCUUCGGGCCUGAGGGAACCCCUUUUGAAGAUGGAACUUUCAAGCUUACAAUGUUUAUGGAAGAAUAUCCAAACAAGCCACCUACUGUUAGAUUUGUGUCUAAAAUGUUUCAUCCAAAUGUCUAUGCAGAUGGUAGUAUAUGUCUGGAUAUUCUUCAGAAUCGUUGGAGUCCUACCUAUGAUGUGUCGUCCAUCUUAACAUCUAUACAGUCUUUACUGGAUGAGCCUAAUCCAAACAGUCCAGCAAACAGCCAGGCAGCUCAACUAUACCAAGAGAAUAAGCGGGAAUAUGAAAAACGGGUUUCUGCAAUAGUAGAACAGAGUUGGCGUGAUUGUUGACCCUGGAUGAUGCAAAUGAACACUCUGAUGAGGAAAAUAUAUGUAUGAAGUGUCUGAGUCAUCCUCCUCCUCCUCCUCCUAGCAUCACUGCAUUUACUUUGAAAGCAAAAUAGCUGUUGUCUGUUGCCACCCACCCUCGCUGAAGCUUCUUUCUCCUUGGACAUCAGAAAACACCCCUCCCCUCCCCUUUGAGGUCAAAUGUACUGUACUUGGGUUACUUGUAAAAGAAUUGCUGAGGCUGAAUUCCAUCUCCAGUCUUAGGGCAGUAUUGUGCAUUUCUGUAGUGUACACUAAGCUUUUAAUUGUAAUUGUGUUAUACACAGUGAUGCUUACGUGUAGCUUGAUUUAAAAAAGGGAUGUUUAUAUACAAUAUACAUUUUUAAAUAUGACUCAAGUGCUGAUCUGUCCAGGCUGGUCAUUUAACUGCUGGUAUCAUCUUCACUGCAUCUGUAAGUACUAUGUGAAGAACUAACUUUCCUGCUGUUUCGGAUUCUUUACAGGAUUUUUUUCUUCUUAAGCAAUGUGAUAAAGUAUUUGCAAUUGCAAAAUCAGAUUCCAUUUCAAGAUGAGAUGGGGGGAGGGAGUUGCUCUCAGCUUCUAUGGGUCAUGUGCAAAGUGAUCUAACACUGUAAUAACACAUUCAAGGUUAAGUACAAUGUAUCCUUUCUCUAGGGCUCAUAAGGAUAUUGCUAAUUGACAUUGUGUCCUUGAGUAUGGCUACAUUGAGGUAUGAAUUAACUACAAAUGAAAAUAAUUUGGCUACUGAUGAGAGUGUAGAGGAAAACAGUAUUUCAAAAACUGGCUUUUAAGAUUUUAAUCCGUACAUGUGUUAUUGGAUAACUAGCCCCUACCACUUUGCUUUCUGUUGAAAAUAGUAGGAAGUUCACAAGUGCUACUUGCUGCAUGCUUCAUUCUCUCCCCCCCUCUCAGUUUUACAAAGUUGUUCAAUCUUUGAGAAAGCAUUUUUGUAAAGCUAAGUUUGUACAUUUGGAUACCUUAAGCAGCAGUGUGGGAGGAGACUGAUCAGUGUGUUUGUCUGCUCUUCCAGUGUCUUCUGUGUAUACAUUGAUCUGUUGAGUACAACUUUGCACAAGUAACCCAUGUAAGAAACUGUACAUUUUUCAAUUACUUGUAAAUAAAUGUGUAACCUUAAGCGC